AAUGGCGGAAGGGAACAACAAUGGCUCCGGAAUGCGGCCAACCCUGGCAACCCGUUAAUCAGCCGCCAAGCAAGUCUCGAACAAAUGAGAUCAUCGCAUGCGGCACGUGCAGCUUACAUUGCAGCGUCGAUGCAGCGAGUGGGAUUGAGAGAAGGGGAAAAAAAAAAAAAAAAAAAAAAAAAAAAAAGAAAAAACAAUAGUGUGUAUGGCUGCUAUGGUUUAUUGUGCCUGAUAGGGAGUAAGGGGAAAAAAAAAAAAAAAACGGGAAUUUCUCCGGUACAGUGGGAGGGCUUGUCUUUUUACUCUUCACGAUGCGGUCGACUGGUCAUCCUGAGCUUCUUUUCUCAGCACCAGACCUUCAAUAACUCCUUCGUCCUUACUUGCUCUCUCGUUUAUUUAUUCUCCUAUCGCUAUAUAUAUCCAACAUAUAUCACUUCAUUUGUCAAGGAGACUUUCCCGACUCGUUCUAUCGAUGCCAAUUUCCUGCUAAUUCUAUACCCCGAAGUCGCUCCGUGACGGCGGCCUGCCCGCCAGGAUUCCUACUGCUCCAGGAUGAAAUUUGCCAAGUUCGUUGUUCUCAUGAUAUAUAUGCGCGAAUUCCCAUAGGCACGAACUGACUAUAUUUAGAGAAUUGGAACAGGAGCUAGUCCCUGAAUGGCGGGCCAAAUACCUCGACUACAAGGCAAGACACCGGAAUGAUACAGAACACAAAAAAGAACCCGUUUGGAACUCGAAACUAACCGAUGCGUCUUUUCUGUGUAUAGGCGGGCAAGAAAAA